UCUGUCAAUUGUAUUUUUUUACGUAAUUCUUUUGAUAGAGAAAAACAUUACCGAAAAAGAAAUUGUUUCAAUCGGCACGUUGGAAUAAAAACGAACACAAUGAAAGUAGACCCAAAAGAUGUGCCGGAGCCAAAAUUUGGCAAAACAGCAUUGGAAUUAUUGGACAGUAGAAGCGCAGAACCACCAAGCUUAGCAUCAAAAUAUGGUGUUCAAGCUUCCUUAGGUUUUUUGGGAGGUCUUGUUCAUGUUGUAAAAAACUGGACUUACAAACGACCAUUGAUAGCUGGUGCUUAUUUGUAUCCAAUUUAUGCCGCCGUGGGUUGGUCCGCUGGGCAAUUGUGGAGAAACCAACGUGAAGCAUAUUGGGCAGACCGAGAUGCCAUGUUACGACAUUAUAUUCAAUUGCAUCCAGAUGACUUCCCGCCACCAGAACGCAAAAAGUAUGGAGAUAUUUUGCUUGAAUGGACCCCAAUUCGUUAAAUAGUAUCCAUUGUCCUUGUGCACGCAUUCGCUGAUCGGCAUCGAUGCGAUUUAAUAGUUUAAAUGUAUAAAAUUUACUUGAAAUCGAUAAUAAAAAUUCACAUUAUGGAA